ACACUUUUCCACCUUCAAUGAGAAGACAACUCUUGUGUUUAUAUUCAGACGCGCGAAGCUUUGUCGGUCAGUGGUGUUGUGACAGACACUUGUCAACUGUAUCUCGUCUGAGGCUUUUCCGACAGUAAAAACCACGCUACUUUGUCCAGUCACUGAGAUCCAGAGAUGGCAUCUUCCCCUCGAUCUCUGAAACACAGAGAAAUGUACAAGGUUAGAACUCCACCUUGGAAGGAGACAUACAGAAAGCGAUGUCUGGAUCGGUUACGUGGAAAUCGAGAAAAAUUGUUUUCCCGUUUCCGCAACCUACAACCUGAGGAUGAGGGAAAGAGCAAGAAAGAUGAGUUUAUCAAGGACCUGAUGACAGAGGAGUGGAAGUCACUACAGAGAGACAAGGCAUCAGGCAACAAUGCAGACUUAAUGGACUUCGAUAUCGAGGCUUUUGAUGUGAGUGAGAUAGAUGAGAUGCUGAAUUUGUUUGAAGACAUUCAGGAGGAACUGAUGAAAGAAGAAAAUAAAUUGCUGUCUGAGUACGACCGUUAUGAACAUAGUCUGCGUAGGGAGGAGGAGGUUCUGUGUUCUGCCAUUGAGACCCUGUCUACAGAGGAUGUUCUCUGCCCGGUCUGUCAGAAACAUGUAUUGAUGUUGAACAAGGGUAUUGUGUUCUGCAGCUGUGGACUGAGAAUUGAUACUGAGCAAGAUUGUCUGAGCCUCAGCAACAUCAGCCACCAGCUGACUGAUGGAAUGUCUGAACAUACAGCCAAGUGCCCUGACAACCCCAGCUUCCAGGUUAUGUCUGGUCUUGGUGCAACUAACCUCCUCAUGACGUGUCAGACAUGUGACUUCAUGAGCGUGGUCAUCUGACAGUGUUUAAGAUCCAGCUCUGUGCCAAAGUGUGAUAGAACUCGUGUUGCGACUGUGUCUUCAACAAGGUUCAACAAAAACUGUGUUUGACUGCAAACUAUCUGUUGUAAAUAACUUCACUGAAAUGUUACGCAUCCACUUACAGAUAUUUUGUCAUUUCUGUCCAUAGUGUUAAUCAAAAUAUGCAUAUUCGUGAUAUAAGGAGCCUGAUAUUUCACAUUUUUUACCCUGCCUGUCAAAUUGCAAUGAUGUUAAGAUGGUCCUGAUGAAGUCUACAGGCAUUUGUCCUGUAAACAGUCCUAAUUGAUAACCCUUCAAGAGAUGUUGAUCAGACAACCCAAAACACUGGAAAUAAUGUCAGAAUCCUGUAAAAAGAUGGACUAUGUCUAUCAUUUAGAAGUUCAAAUUCUACAUCAUCUUUGACAUGUUUAUGGAUUGUUUGUAUUUGGCUUGUAUUUGUCAUCUGAAUUUUGUGGUGUUUCUCAUCCCAGCUCUAAAUAAUCAUCCAGCUUGAUAAUAAAAAAUGAAGUUAUGUCCACCAAUUUCCUCAGCAAAAUAUUUAUCAAUGAUUUUUACAUUUGAUACAAAAAAAUGUGCUGUAUUGUAUUGCUCUGCUUACAACUUUGUAUUGCUUCUUAUAUUCCAUUUUGAUGGAGGCUGGUUUCCUUGUCACAAGUUGUAAUAUUGUUUUCUGUAUCAUAUACUUUGAAAAGAUGUCAUCUUUUAGAAAUGGAAAAGUGGUUUUGAAAUACAAGUUAUGAUUUACUACAUAAACAUCUUCCCUUUCAAAAAGCUUUCUGCUUCAGCAUGUUCCCAUGUAGUUGAGCUCCAGCAUGUCGGAGUCGCAGGGUUUAUCACAUCCUGUGAUGGGUGUCAGUGUGGCUGUGGAAUAUGUCAAUAAUAUUAUGUUAACUGAAUAAUGUUUUGCUUUUGUAAUCUGUUUGAAGCCAUGCAUGAGAAACCUCAAUGAUUUAUUCAUUCAAGUGAGAGAAAUGAAUAUUUAUGUAUUUAAAUUUUGAGAAAUAAUAGAAAGAUUCGGGCAAACAGCUUUCUAAUUGUAAGUCAAUUCUGUGUGCUGUCUGAACUUGUAUUUAAAAAUAUGCACUUAAUUGUCUCAGGUGCUCCAUGUCAUGUCCAUGUUGUCCCAUUUGUGCAUUGACAAGGAAAAUGACGUCAUUUGAUGUUUUUCAGUAUGAGAAAGUUCUUUUGAGAUGAAGAGUGCCUGUACAUGUAUGUAAAUAGAACAAUUUGUUGCAAUAUAUUUUUUUCUGCAUAAAUUAUAUUUUCAUACGUGUUGUUCUUUUAUUUUUAUAAAGGAAAUGUGUGCAUUACAAGGACAAACAACUUUUUAUUCAUAGAAAAGUUUCUUGAACCAAAUAUGGAUGACAGAUUUCACCAAAGUAAUAUAUACCCCUGACCUAAUAGAGCAGAGGUAUAUAGUUACCCCAAGGAAUUACGUCCUUCCAUCCUUCCUUGGAUUUUUUUGUGUGACCUAUAACAAAAACAUUGCAUAGAUUAUUUUCAUACUUGGUGAACACUUUCUAUACCAAUAGGAAGGAUGUGGUGCAAACUUUUAUUUCAAUGUUUGCAUGUUCUGAAAAAAUACAGUUUUGUUUCCUUUUUUGACAUAGACAUUUUUUUUACUUUUAACAUUUUUGCAACCCAAAACUUUAAAACUAUUUCAUGGAUUCUUUCAAAUUUAGGGAACAGUUUCCAUACUAAAAGGAGAGGUGCAGUGCAAAGUUUGAUUUGGAAUGUGUAUUUACUUAAAAAUAUGUUUUCAUGUUUUUGAACAUAGAAUUGUGUGACCUAUAACUUGAAAACUACUUCAUAUAUUCUUUUCAAAUUUGGUGAACACUUUCUAUACCAUUUGGAGAGGUGUAGUGAUUUCGAAUACUUUUUUAACUUCAACAUUUGUGAGACAUAUAACUUGAAAACUACUUCAUGGAUACUUUUUCAAUUGGGCAUAUGGUUUCUUUACUAAUAGGAGAGGGGCAGUACAAAGUUUGAUUUCGAUGAGUGGAUUUUCUGAGAAAAUAUGGCCUUUUUUCAUUUUUUAAAACUUAGAAAUAUGUUUGAGUCAAGGUCGGAGGUAUUAGUGAGCACUGCACACUUACCUUGUUCUGAUCUGAUUUUGAACUUGAUCACCAUUACUCAGGCAUUCUGCAUGUAUUAUACAAUUACAAUAAAAAGAUUGACCUUAA